CUCUCGGCGGCUGCGGCGGCGGUCAGAGCGCUCACGUCAGGCUGCGGGGAGGAGGGUGAGAGCGACCUGCGGCGGCCUGGCAGGAAGCGAGAAAGAGUUCAGUGAAGAGGGAGUGAGUUGUAGAGAGCAGGACCCGCGCCCUCAGGAGAGCGCGGCCGACCCGGCGCUCGCGCCCCCCGCGCCGCUAUCAGCACCGAGCAGAGAACAGUUCCCGCAGCCCGCGGCGCUGCUGGGGCGCCGGGAGCUGCAGGGGCUCGGGCACCCUCGCCCGCCGGCCGCACGCUGCUCUCCUCUCCCUGGGCGAACGAGCAAACGCUGGGCAAAGCAUCCGGCGGCCUCCGGGAGCCCUGAGAAGCCGAAGCAGAAUGUACCAGGGACACAUGCAGAAAAGUAAAGAACAAGGAUAUGGAAAACUAAGCAGUGAUGAAGACCUCGAAAUAAUUGUUGAUCAAAAGCAGGGAAAAGGCUCUAGGGCGGCAGAUAAGGCUGUUGCCAUGGUGAUGAAGGAGAUACCGAGGGAGGAGUCUGCUGAAGAAAAGCCCCUCCUUACUAUGACAUCACAGCUGGUGAAUGAGCAGCAGGAAAGCAGACCCCUCCUGAGCCCCUCCAUCGAUGACUUUCUUUGUGAGACCAAAUCGGAGGCAAUAGCAAGGCCUGUAACGUCUAAUACAGCUGUGUUGACCACUGGUUUAGAUCUCCUGGACCUGAGUGAACCAGUCUCUCAAACCCAAACCAAAGCUAAGAAGGCAGAGCCCUCAUCCAAAACCUCAUCCCUCAAGAAAAAGGCUGAUGGAUCUGACCUCAUCAGUGCGGAGGCAGAGCAGAGAGGCCAGCCCCUCAGAGGCCCGGAGAUGUCACCCCUUGAUUUAGACAUUCAAACCCAACUGGAAAAAUGGGAUGAUGUUCAGUUUCAUGGAGAUCAAAAUAGCAAGGGGCAUCCAAUGGCAGAAAGAAAACCAUGCUCAUCUAGAACUGGAUCAAAAGAGCUGUUAUGGUCCUCAGAACACAGAUCUCAGCCAGAACUGAGUGGUGGCAAGAGUGCCCUCAACUCUGAGUCAGCUUCGGAGCUGGAACUCGUGGCUCCAGCACAGGCUCGGCUGACCAAAGAACAUCGCUGGGGAAGUGUGUUGCUUUCUAGAAACCACUCCUUAGAAGAAGAAUUUGAAAGGGCAAAAGCAGCAGUGGAGUCAGAUACAGAGUUUUGGGAUAAGAUGCAAGCAGAAUGGGAAGAAAUGGCCCGGAGGAACUGGAUAUCUGAGAACCAAGAAGCCCAGAACCAAGUUACAAUCUCAGCUAGUGAGAAGGGAUAUUACUUUCACACUGAAAACCCCUUCAAGGACUGGCCUGGAGCAUUUGAAGAAGGCUUGAAAAGGCUGAAGGAAGGGGACCUGCCUGUCACCAUCCUGUUCAUGGAAGCAGCAAUUCUUCAGGACCCUGGAGAUGCAGAGGCAUGGCAGUUCCUCGGGGUAACCCAAGCAGAAAAUGAAAACGAACAAGCAGCUAUUGUCGCCCUCCAGAGGUGCUUAGAAUUACAGCCCAACAACCUGAAAGCUUUGAUGGCUUUGGCUGUGAGUUACACUAACACCGGCCACCAGCAGGAUGCCUGUGAAGCUCUGAAGAAUUGGAUUAAGCAAAAUCCAAAGUACAAAUACCUUGUGAAGAGCAAGAAGGGAUCUCCAGGCCUGACCCGGCGGAUGUCUAAGUCCCCAGUUGACAGCUCUGUUCUGGAAGGAGUGAAGGAAUUAUAUCUGGAAGCUGCCCACCAAAAUGGAGAUAUGAUUGACCCAGACCUGCAGACAGGCCUAGGGGUGCUGUUCCACCUGAGUGGAGAAUUUAAUCGAGCAAUAGAUGCAUUUAACGCUGCCUUAACUGUUCGGCCAGAGGACUAUUCUCUGUGGAACCGUCUCGGGGCAACCCUGGCCAAUGGAGACCGCAGCGAGGAAGCUGUGGAGGCCUACACGCGAGCUCUGGAGAUUCAGCCCGGCUUCAUCCGGUCCCGGUACAAUCUGGGGAUAAGCUGCAUCAACCUGGGUGCCUACAGAGAAGCGGUCAGCAAUUUUCUCACUGCCCUCAGUUUGCAAAGAAAGAGCAGGAAUCAACAGCAAGUUCCUCAUCCUGCAAUCUCUGGGAACAUCUGGGCCGCCCUCAGAAUCGCACUGUCUCUGAUGGACCAACCCGAACUCUUCCAGGCGGCUAAUCUCGGUGACCUGGAUGUCCUCCUAAGAGCUUUCAACUUGGAUCCUUAAAGGAAAAAGAUGAAUAAUAAUCCCUCAUCUGUGUGGUUGUACUAAGAAAUUACAAACUAUUUUAUUAUGAAUUUCAAAAAGGAUAAAUCAGACAUUCAAAAGGACAUGGUCAUAUAACCCAAGGAUAUUAAUUUCUAUAGACAAUGCCCAGUCUCUGUUCAGGUCCAAAAGCACAAAAUGUAUACAGAGUUGAGAAGAACUGAGAGACUGAGACUCAGAUAAAAUACUGUAUGUGAAUGAAUGCUCUUCACUUGUUGCAAGCAUAUUGCAAAACAUGUUCUGUGGGACUUUUUGUCCCUCUUUGCAGCCAAGGGUGUAUCAGAGAAACACGGACACAUGGAGAAAGCACAGCCUCAGAUCACGAAGUUCUGACUGUCUCUGAACUGUCCCCUUUUGCAAGACUGAACAUAGUCUGGGCCACUGGUGCAUGCAUAUAUAUUAACUCUUGACUAAAGACAGGCAUUGCUUAAACCUGUUCCAAUUUUAACUGUAGCCCUUUGAUUCCAGAGAGGGAGCUUUGCUGGCAAAAGCAGUUUUUGCACUAGAAGUUUUUGCUGUUCCCAUUCAAAACUUUUCUGGGAUUGUGUAUAUGCACUUUAAUAUCUUAUGUAACGCCUUGCUGGAGUUUUGUUGCUCCAAUUUUUAACUUGUGGGUGAAAGAUUUGAGAACUCAGCCUUGUUAGAUCAAUGGACCAAAUAAAAAAAUUCCUGAAAAUAGUUUUUCAUAGUGUAGGGUUUUAAAGGAGUGUUUUUCUUAAAGCAGAUAGGAUGACAUAGGGUAUCAAUAUGUCAAACAUAGACCUUUCAGGCACAUGCUUUAUAGGUCUGUAUGAACUUAGUAAGAGACAAAGUAUGUGUCUCUUCACGCAUUCUCUGCAGGGAGAACAUUCGAUGAUACCCUGAUUUCUGUUGAGUUCACUUUAACUUCCUUAGGUCAUCUUUCACUGGCUUUCUAAUUACCCUGCCUACCAACAUUCCUUUUAAACUGUUACUACUUUAAAUAGUUUUUCUUAAGAGUGAUGAAUACAUUUUUUCCUAAAAAUUAUGUGUUUUCUUAGUGUCAUAAUACUGCACCACUUAUCCCCUUGCCUUCUAACUGAUAGAAGAACAUUUUCUGACUGAAUCUCACUGUCAGUGGAUUAAUAUGAAAGAUGCAUGUCCCUUUGGCUCUCUGAACAUUUUACAAGUAUCAGAAAUUUUCUGUUGGCAGUGGUGUUUUACUUAAUUAGUUACAUUUCCCUUAGUUCUCCAAUGUUUUAUAUAUGUUUGGGGCUUAGUGAUUAUUUCAAAAGAUAGGUUUUUUUUAAAGAAUUAGAAAAAUUGUUUGCAAAAUGGUAACUAAAAUAUAAUUUAACCAAUGUCCAGUUCUAGUAAGUUGUCCCAUUCUUCUUCACCAUGUUUCUAGGUUCCUCCGGAACCUUCCUCCAAAUAGUCUGAUCCCAACUUUUCUUUUAUCUUCUUAGCUCAGCAAUAGCUCAUUCCAUUCACUCAUGAUUAUAGUUACCCAAAAAAGAAGAAGGGUUGGCCAGGCGCUGUGGCUCAUGCCUGUAAUCCUGGCACUCUGAGAGGCCGAGGUGGGUGGAUUGCUGAGCUCACGAGUUUGAGACCAGCCUGAACAAAAGUAAGAUCCUAUCUCUACUAAAAAUAGAAAAACUGAGACAAGAGGAUCACUUGAGCCCAAGAGUUGGAGGUUGCUGUGAGCUAUGAUGCCACAACACUCUACCCAGGGUGACAGCUUGAGACUCUAUCUCAGAAAAGAAAAAAGGUUUUAGUCAAAACAGUUUGGGGAAUUAGCUUCUACUAAGGGAAAAAUACAUGCAUGGUCAAAAAUGGAAUGUUAAGUGCAGGCAUAAAUCCCCCCCAUGCCCUGCUGCCUUUGAAGUUCCUGGGUUGUGAAAGGGCCUCAAGUUAACAUAAAACCACACAUCCUUGAGGCUAAUACAUAUUAUGAUCUAUUCUAGUUUAUAAAGACAAAGAGUUGAAGGCACAGUGCUGGGUGCCAGGUUUUGACAUUCACUGUCAAAGCUCACUUGGGCAAGGUGAUUCUCCAGCCGGGCGGCAGGAGGCAGAGUCAUAUGGGCAUUCACCAGUAGGCAGCAGUGACAAACCUGUCUUGGCCUAUGAUUCACUACAGUCUCGGCAGCAAAGUAAAAUUCAACAAUAUUUUCAAAAAUGAUCUUCUUAGAUUCUUAGUCUGGGAGGGAUUCCUGGAACCAGUCUCCAACCCAUAGUAGCCGUUUGCUAGAGCAGCAUCCGUUCCAGAGUCCACUGCUUGUCAGGAAGUCCAGAAUUGUUACCCGAAAGGAAAAGGAUUGCAUUUUCCAAUAAUUUUUAUUAAAAAUUGCCUAAAAAUGGUUACUAAAAAGUGACUAAAAGUUUGUAGAUAUAAAACACCACCAAAAAUUAAAUAGCAGGAAUUUAGAACAGUCUUUUUUGUAUAUGCCCACAUACAGUACAUGCUGGUCGGGGGUGGGGGGGUUGUUUUUUUGUUUUUUAAGUGUAUACACUUUGUUUUUGUUUUUCUUUUUUUAGGAAGAACUAUUUUUUGCUUCCCAUCUUCCUGGCAUGAAAUUGUCAUGUAAAUUACUCUUUCCACUUGAAAAGGUAACUGCCCAUAUUCCCUUUCUGGGGCACUCUGGGAAAGCUGGAGUUUCUUUUUUUGUGUAUUAAUGAGUGACAACCUCAGAGCUCUUAGGGGAUGGUUCUCUUUUACUAGAAUGGCCACUCAAUUGCAUAGUGGUGAAUUUCAGGGACUAACUUCAGCAACAGAUGGGAUGACAAUGCAGAGAAAGCCAGUGAUCAUUUCUGGUUUUCAAAAUAUGUUACAACUGCUUGUAAUAGGCUGCUUCCAUGCGCUGCCGUACCUUGCUGGGGGUGGGACAGUAGGGAGAAGAUGAGUAAAGGGCGCUCUUACUGGGCUAACCAUGCUUCUUCAUUCCCUUUACUUUUUCCCAAGGUCACUCCUCAUGACUCCUAAAAGAAAGGCAGGUCUUGUUCACCAGGAAAUUUUAAUAGAAAACUGUGAACUGUGAUUUCACAGCCAACCCAAAUUCCUGCUAGAAUGGCAAAGUGGUGACACAUAGUUGGAUGGAAACACCCAGGACAUACUCAUUUUGGGAGUUUUAUGCCACUUCCCUUGCCCUUCUAUUGAAAGAGAACUAUUAUAUUAAAUUUUGGGCCCUUGUCUAAAUACUUGUAUAGCUAAAUACUUCUGAUAUAUUCUUGCCACACAAGCAAGACAUACAAUUAUAUCUAGUCCCAUUUAUAACAGGAGCACCCAAACUCUUUACUAUAAACUUUGUCUGUGAGCUCCUUGGGAAUAUAGGAAAGCAAGGGGGUCAUUCUGGGUCCUGUCCUCAUUUGUCCCUGAAUCAGUUCUACUGUACUUUGUUAGUUGUCAUAGCAAUGGUGGAUAUUAUUUUAUAUCUCAAAAUUAUUAUAGAAACAGGAUAUUCCGAAGGUUUAAUGUAUGUGCCAUAUUUCUGAGCCAUCUUAUUUUAGAAAUCAUUACACAUAUAUACACCCAAUUUCAACUUUGUAAAAUAAUUUCAAAUUCAUUCCCUAUCUUAAGUUUCCCUAUCAUCUCAGUAGUUGCAGAACUGGUUGAAAUUAAACUGUUUUGAACUAAGAAGUAGAUAUAUAUAUAUUUUUAAAGAGUGUGUUCAUAGAUGAACUAAAGUUCAUCUAUGUAUAAAGUUUGUAAAAAAGCAAUUUUUAAAAAGCAAAACAUAUAACCUCAGGUACAAAAACAUUGCAUGCAUUAGUACUUGCAAAUCUGCCUACUCAAAUAUUAACCAAAGCAUGCAAGGUAACUUUACUGAAUGUAAAUGUACACAGUGCAUGAUUAAGUCUCAUAGGUUAGCUUAUUUUCCUUGCCUCUGAACAAGGGAGCAUUUUCAUGAACUUUGUGUUAACUUUUCUAUUUGUUUUUCUAUCCUAUCCCUGAAAUUGUCUCAUGCUACCACACAGAACUUUAAAGAUCUUCACACAUCAGGUUUGUGCAGUGUUGCAGCGAAUUCCAAACUAAUCCUCUAAAGAAUCUGGGUACUCAGACAUCUAAAUACUUUUAAAAACCCAGGAAAGGCACAAUGGGUCAGAAAUUGAAACAAACCCAGUGUCUGACUCUAUUACUACUAAAUCGCAUUGGUUGCCUCAGCACAUAAAGGUUUGAGUUCUAAAUUCUUAGUAAUAAAUUUCAAACUUUUUCUAAAUGCUUAGGAAUAAAUUAGAAAAACUGGCAUUCUAAAUAAGAUGAGGAGAUUGGGGUAAUAUCAGGCACAGGAAAAGUACCAUUAGGCAAAGUUGGCAUGGGGCCUUAAUUUACAUAGAUGUCACAAAGCGAGAGGGUGGGGUAUCACAGCAGCAUUCCGACACAGCCCUAUUUGUGUGGUCGGCAAGCUGUGUGGACCCAUGUCCCUUGAGAAACUGCAUUUGACCAAGAGGUCUAAAAACCUUGAAAUUCAGGGGGUAAUGAAGUGAUUUCUUGGUCACUCGGAACCAAAUCUGAAGUCUUCUCCCUGCCUCUCUCUACCAUGUUUUAUGAGGAGACUGGAAAUAGAACAAAGCCGAGUAAGACCACAGGGUCUUCGUAAGUAACAGCUUCGUUACCAGCUUUAUUCACCUCGAAACCCCCACACACAUGCACAUGAGCUCAAAGACAAAAUUACACACACAGAGCAAAGGUGGUUGUGUGGGAGCAUCAAACAGUUAAGUGGAGAAAAGAAAAAAGAAAAAGUGUGAGGUUUAACAUCCUCUCGUGGUAUUUUGCCUUGAACAAAGUUUCUACAACUUGCAACAUCUGCAGAAAUAUUAAAGUCACACACUCUAGGAACAAGUGUCCCCGUCUCUGAGCUGCUUCUCAGGACCUUUUCUGCCAGAGAAAACUGCACUGCAGCAUCGCAGAGGCAGCCGCAAACCCUGGGAGGCUCGGCGGGAACGCAGCAGGAAGCCUGGCCUCAAAAUAAUGUUAAGAUGAAAAAUAAAAUGAAACAACAACAAAACAAAGCAAUUCUUUGUUCAACUAUAAAACAUACGUAGUUUGGAGGUUUUUUCCCCCUUAGAAUAUGUUGCAGAGAGAAAUGGUAUGACACAAAAAGACUGAAGACACCUGGCUGGGUAAUUUGAACAUUAGACAUUUUCACUGAGAAUAACAUUUGUGCGUGGACACCGUAAAGUACUGUGCCAUAUGAGAAUCAUGUGUGCAUGAUGGAUUGUUACCAGUAGUUAAGGAAAUACAGCUAGCCUAAACUUUUACCAACUUGAUUUUCCCCAUAUAUCACCUAACCCAAACCCUCCUCAACUUUCAUUGCCCAAAUUUGUUUACAUUGCUUGAGAAAAGAACCUGAUUAAUUUAGUAAACUUUUUACAAACUAUGACAAGCAUUUACUAUCAGAAAAGACAUUUCUAUAUAUUUUAUAUAUCUAUGAAUAUUGCAUAUCUAGUCUAAUCUAAAAAUUUUGUUUUGAGAUGAAUUCUUCUGUGAUGCUUCCUCAUCAUGCCAAAAAUGUUUAAAAUUUUGGGAUUUUCUUUUCAAGCUGAAAUAGAUAACAAAGAAAAAUUUAACUUAUUUAAAGUUUACAUUGAGUCUCUAAAUUAAUACCAACCCAAAUUAAAUGACCUAUAACAAAUUAAUGGCAAUGAAGGGGAGGGCAUUUAAAAGUUAUUGGCACACUAUGUAAUACUGUAUAUCUGUAAUUUAGUGAAAUAAUACUUAUCGUAGCACAACUCUAUUGGGUAUUAAUGCUUCAUUUUACUAAUUUCUUGCAUUGCUCUUUGAAAUAAAAUUACUACCAUGAAAAUAAUCUCUUACCAUAUUGAGUUACUCAGUUGGCUUCUAAUUUGCAAAUUACCAAGAUUAAGGUAGUAUUUUUUGUACUAUUAUUGGAAGCAUGCCUUCCCUUUUUCACAUUAUUAAAUUGUAUUUAUAUUUGUGCAAUUUUAAACUAUGUUUUCAAAUAAACUUUGUCUGUGGCUUCAAAGUCUUUCUGGGAAUCUUUCAAAAUGGGAUUUGGGAAUCAGAAUCUCUUCAAAUCAAAUGGAAUCCAGUUUGUAUUGCUGGUUAGAAGGUCUUUUAUUACUAUCACUACAUAUGAUUUUGCUUGAGUUACCUGGAAAUCAGGAAUGCAUUUUUAGGUAUACAACAAAACUUUAAAAUCUUCCUCCUUUGCUAAUUUUUUAAGACUAAGAUAUUAUUUAUCCUGAAAUUGAAUUUUGUGACUUUUUAAAAUAAAAUUAUUAAA